AAUUGUCAUUCGAAAGAAGAUCUUCCAUAACUUCACUCCAGAAAUGACAAAACUCCCGUCGACGAGCACUGCUGUUCUACUCGCACUUUCCGGWGCAUGGCGAACUUGCCUCGCAGAGCCGCUGUGGGCGGACGUUUGUACCGACAAUGAAACAMAAAACUUGCCCUUCUGCGAUGUAACCCUUGAUAUCGAUGCAAGAAUCUUAGAUUAUGUGGAUCGUAUUCCCUUGAAUACYAAGAUYUYUAUGAUGGGGCACAAUGCGUCGGGUUACGAAGCUUUGAAKAUUCCUCCCUACCAAUGGUGGUCAGAAGGUUUGCACGGCCCGCUGGAGCCAUGUGUUCAAUACAAAGAUAGUUGCGUAUGCCCAACGAACUUUCCCUCUCCAUCCGCCAUGGGCAAUGCAUUUAAUCGCACUUUGUACCGCCUUGUGGGUCAGGCCAUCGGAAUCCAAGGUAGAGCCAUUUCGAACUUGCGCGUCCACAAUUUAGACAUCGGUGAUGGAUUAACAUACUGGUCACCCACUAUUAAUAUGCAGAGAGACCCACGCUGGGGUCGAAACCAAGAAGUUCCAGGUAUGUCUUGAUAUAAUGCCAUCGGUGAUGCGAAAGUGAAUAUUGUGAUUGAAUGCAUGCGAUGCGUUUCUGUACUUAAUUGUUGCUUUUGCUCGAUAUUUUGGGGACAGGGGAGGAUCCAUUUUUGACUGGUCAGUACUCGAAGGCAUUUGUGCAGGCACUACAAGGAAYCGAUUUCCKUGACGACAAAACUAAGAAAAAAUCGAUGACAGACAAUAAAGAUAAUAGUGACAUAAACAUGGCUGCAUGCUGCAAACAUUUUCUUGGAAAUUCGCUGGAACACUGGGGAAAGUACGAUCGUUACAAUUUCAAUGCCGAAAUCGAUGACUAUGAUUUAAACAAUUAUUAUUUGCCCCCAUUUGAGGAGUGUACGAAACACGCUGUUGGUGUUAUGUGCUCUUACAAUGCAGUGAAUGGGAAACCCACGUGCGCAAGCGACUGGCUUUUAAAAGAUGUACUCAGGGAUAGAAUGAACUUCACUGGGUACCUUGUUACAGAUUGUGGAGCUGUAAGCAGUAUUGUUCAUGGCCACCAUUAUGCUAUUGACAACGUCCAGGCUUCGGUGAGUUUGGUAAUCUCUUCUCAUCUCAGCGUUCGAAUUCGAUCCGAUUGUGGACUGAACUCAUCCAUUUGACACGGGAUUCUAUUCGCAUCAUUUUCUCCUCGACUCGUGUUCCAAAUUUUCCAGGCAUUAGCAAAAAAUGCGACUGUUGAUGUCAACUGUGGCUCUCAGUUUCAAGAUCACUUGUUUACGGCUUAUAGUGAGGGUUGGGUUGAGGAGCUGACCAUCAACGAAUCAUUUCAGAGGAUGGCAAGAAUUCAGUUUCGUCUCGGAUUGUUUGACUCAACAAAAAAGGAUGCAGUGAAUCCUGAAGCAGAUAUGGCAUCUAUUGAUUCGCCACAGCACCAGCAAUUGGCUUUGGAAGCCGCCUUACAGAGCAUCGUUUUGCUUCAAAAUCAGAACAAUACAUUGCCUUUGGACAAGACUGAUAAGAAAUCUCUAGCGGUCAUUGGUCCCCAUAUCAAUGCUCGUGGGGCAUUAAUGGGCAACUACCAUGGUGCAAAGUGUGGGUGUCGCAGUGACGGAGGAAGGAGCCAUGACUUUAGCUGUGUCGAAAGUCCUUUGGAAGCAAUUAAGAGAACUACGAAAUUCCCAGAUCAAGUGAAAUCUGUUGUGGGAUGUACUAUUGGAGAUGAUAGUAUUGAURGGGUCAAGGAUGCGACAGAACUUGCACAAAAUUCGGAUGCUGUGAUCCUCUUGCUAGGAUUGGAUCAAUGGCAAGAAGGUGAGGAACAUGAUAGAAACGAAACCUCCUUGCCUGGAUUACAAGCCAAAUUAAUGGAUGAUAUACUAGAUGUAGCUGGUGGCAAGACUAUUGUUAUUUUAAUACAUGGUGGAACCGUCUCCCUCGGUGAUGCGAGGCACAAAGCAGGCGCAAUUCUAUCGACCGGAUAUGGAGGACAGGCAGGAGCAUCUGCUAUCGCCAGUGUUUUGUUUGGCGAUUACAAUCCUACCGGGAAACUCGCGGCUACAGUGUAUCCGCCCUCCUUCGUUCAUGAACUACCCUUGACAGAGAUGGGAUUGAGGGUAGGAGUUGGUAGGACGUAUAUGUACUAUACCGGUGAAGCCGAGUUUUGCUUUGGACACGGCCUAUCCUAUAGCGAGUGGAAAUUGGACUGGGUAAAUGAUACUCAUGGCAAUAUAAGUAGAAGCAAAUCUCCUCAAGCACUGGUUCUACACGACUCCACUUCAAUUCGCUUUCAUUUGCGAGUAMAAAACAGUGGUCCACACACACCCGGUAGCAGGCAAACGAUUCUUUUGUUUUGGCAUCCAACCAACAGCAUCGGAGACACUGAUCACCGUGGGAAGGAAACGACAAGAAAAAUUCGACGAAAGUUAAUUGACUUUCAAGAAACAAGCUUCUUGCAAACAGGAGAGUCGGAAGUUCUAGAAUUCGAAUUGGCUUGGAACGACUUGGCUAUGUGGGAGACUGGGAGCAACGCAUACACAGUGUUGCCUGGKAGUUACGAACUGGUGAUUCAGGCAGCCGAUGCUUAUCUCACUCGACCGCUGAAGGUGGUAUCCUCGAAGGSUCUGAAUUCAUCUUCACGGUUGAGGCACCCCAAUGCGACAUCUUUCGACUGAUCAUUGUCGUUGAUGUCAUGCGAAUCGCCUUUGUGCAUCCAUGUACAUGUAGCAUAAAUGAAGCCUGCUUCUCAARUAUCAUAUUUUUUAGAUAAAGAUAGCAGUGGAAAAAAGGAGUCAUUUAAAG